AGAUCAGUUGACUCACGGUUCAACAUGUUGGGUUACAGGACAGGAAUGCUGCUUUUAUCUAUCUGCUGGGCAGGUGCCAAUGGACAAACUCUGACACAAUCUGAAGCAGUGGUUUUAAGACCAGGAAUGAAGGUUUUCUCUCCAAAAAUCACACUGUACCCUGUAUGGGACAGUGAUUUGAGGGCCUCACAAGUCACACUCAUCUGUACCCUAAGUGGCUUCUUCCCCAAAGCGUUGAGAGUGGAGUGGCAACAGAACGAUGUGCAUCUAGCUCAUAUUAAACCGAUUGAAAGGAUGUUGCAGAGUAUGGACGGAGAGGAGAAAACCUACAGUUUAACCACUGAGAUCCAGCCAAGCCAGGACGAGUGGGAAAAUGGUUCAAGUUUUACUUGCAAGGCGGUUCACAAAGACAUUACAUUUAAAAAGGCAACAAGUAUUUGUCACAUUUAUGGAAGAAACUCUCCUUCCAUCCACGUGGAGAUUCCCAGUUUUCAGACUGUAAUGAAGUCAGUCUCUGAGGUGAAAGCCACAUGUUCGCUCCACACUGCCUUUGAUGCCAAAAUCACCUGGCUGAUGGAUGGGAGGGUCUCACCAAGUGAUAAAGUGACAACGACUUCAAACACAACUCAUAUAUUCAGUGAUGUUACAGUUUCCUCGAGUCAGUGGAAGCAGAUGAAGAAAGUAACAUGUAGAGCAGAACAUAAGUGCUUCACAUCUGCUGAGAAGACAGUAGACGUAGCAGGACCUCCACCUCAAGCUCCGCAGGUGGAGAUCAGGAGAUCUCUACCAGAACUGCUGAAGGGAAACACUGCUGCGCUCCAGUGUGACAUCACACAGCUCUCCUCACAGGACAUUUACGUCACAUUUCAGGCCAACGGAGUUGAUAUGUCUGAGAAACAGUAUGUUGAUCUUCCUGAAGCUCCAGGCCACCAUUCAGUCAGCAGAAGCUUCUCUGUGCCUCAACGUUACUGGACUAGUGACACGAGUUUCACCUGCACAGUGUACCAAGGCCUCUCCAGCACACCUUUCACGUCUAAUUCCAUUAGCAAAAUAUUUGUGGACCCCUCAGUGGAACUCCUUCUGGCCCCCAGUGAAGAGUCAGGACAACAGAAACUCUUGUGCUCUGGAUUGGGCUUUAACCCUCAAAUUAAAUGGUUAUCUGAGUCAAAGGAGAUAUCCUCAUCAACUGAACACAUCAGCAUAGAUUCAAAUGGAUAUGUGGCAGUGACCAGUAAGCUACUGGUUCCUCAGACGGAGUGGAAAACUGGGAAGGUUUUCACCUGUGAAGUGUCUGACUGCUCUCUGAGAAAACAUUUCAGAAAGAACAUCAGUCUCUGCUCAGGUUGUUUAGGUGCUCCUCCUUCCAUCCACGUGGAGAUUCCCAGUUUUCAGACUGUAAUGAAGUCAGUCUCUGAGGUGAAAGCCACAUGUUUGCUCCACACUGCCUUUGAUGCCAAAAUCACCUGGCUGAUGGAUGGGAGGGUCUCACCAAGUGAUAAAGUGACAACGACUUCAAACACAACUCAUAUAUUCAGUGAUGUUACAGUUUCCUUGAGUCAGUGGAAGCAGAUGAAGAAAGUAACAUGUAGAGCAGAACAUAAGUGCUUCACAUCUGCUGAGAAGACAGUAGACGUAGCAGGACCUCCACCUCAAGCUCCGCAGGUGGAGAUCAGGAGAUCUCUACCAGAACUGCUGAAGGGAAACACUGCUGCUCUCCAGUGUGACAUCACACAGCUCUCCUCACAGGACAUUUACGUCACAUUUCAGGCCAAUGGAGUUGAUAUGUCUGAGAAACAGUAUGUUGAUCUUCCUGAAGCUCCAGGCCACCAUUCAGUCAGCAGAAGCUUCUCUGUGCCUCAACGUUACUGGACUAGUGACACGAGUUUCACCUGCACAGUGUACCAAGGCCUCUCCAGCACACCUUUCACGUCUAAUUCCAUUAGCAAAAUAUUUGUGGACCCCUCAGUGGAACUCCUUCUGGCCCCCAGUGAAGAGUCAGGACAACAGAAACUCUUGUGCUCUGGAUUGGGCUUCAACCCUCAAAUUAAAUGGUUAUCUGAGUCAAAGGAGAUAUCCUCAUCAACUGAACACGUCAGCAUGGAUUCAAAUGGAUAUGUGGCAGUUACCAGUAAGCUACUGGUUCCUCAGACGGAGUGGAAAACUGGGAAGGUUUUCACCUGUGAAGCAUCUGACAGCUCUCUGAGAAAACAUUUCAGAAAGAACAUCAGUCUCUGCUCAGGUUGUUCAAGUGCUCCUCCUUCCAUCCACGUGGAGAUUCCCAGUUUUCAGACUGUAAUGAAGUCAGUCUCUGAGGUGAAAGCCACAUGUUUGCUCCACACUGCCUUUGAUGCCAAAAUCACCUGGCUGAUGGAUGGGAGGGUCUCACCAAGUGAUAAAGUGACAACGACUUCAAACACAACUCAUAUAUUCAGUGAUGUUACAGUUUCCUCGAGUCAGUGGAAGCAGAUGAAGAAAGUAACAUGUAGAGCAGAACAUAAGUGCUUCACAUCUGCUGAGAAGACAGUAGACGUAGCAGGACCUCCACCUCAAGCUCCGCAGGUGGAGAUCAGGAGAUCUCUACCAGAACUGCUGAAGGGAAACACUGCUGCGCUCCAGUGUGACAUCACACAGCUCUCCUCACAGGACAUUUACGUCACAUUUCAGGCCAACGGAGUUGAUAUGUCUGAGAAACAGUAUGUUGAUCUUCCUGAAGCUCCAGGCCACCAUUCAGUCAGCAGAAGCUUCUCUGUGCCUCAACGUUACUGGACUAGUGACACGAGUUUCACCUGCACAGUGUACCAAGGCCUCUCCAGCACACCUUUCACGUCUAAUUCCAUUAGCAAAAUAUUUGUGGACCCCUCAGUGGAACUCCUUCUGGCCCCCAGUGAAGAGUCAGGACAACAGAAACUCUUGUGCUCUGGAUUGGGCUUUAACCCUCAAAUUAAAUGGUUAUCUGAGUCAAAGGAGAUAUCCUCAUCAACUGAACACAUCAGCAUAGAUUCAAAUGGAUAUGUGGCAGUGACCAGUAAGCUACUGGUUCCUCAGACGGAGUGGAAAACUGGGAAGGUUUUCACCUGUGAAGUGUCUGACUGCUCUCUGAGAAAACAUUUCAGAAAGAACAUCAGUCUCUGCUCAGGUUGUUUAGGUGCUCCUCCUUCCAUCCACGUGGAGAUUCCCAGUUUUCAGACUGUAAUGAAGUCAGUCUCUGAGGUGAAAGCCACAUGUUUGCUCCACACUGCCUUUGAUGCCAAAAUCACCUGGCUGAUGGAUGGGAGGGUCUCACCAAGUGAUAAAGUGACAACGACUUCAAACACAACUCAUAUAUUCAGUGAUGUUACAGUUUCCUUGAGUCAGUGGAAGCAGAUGAAGAAAGUAACAUGUAGAGCAGAACAUAAGUGCUUCACAUCUGCUGAGAAGACAGUAGACGUAGCAGGACCUCCACCUCAAGCUCCGCAGGUGGAGAUCAGGAGAUCUCUACCAGAACUGCUGAAGGGAAACACUGCUGCUCUCCAGUGUGACAUCACACAGCUCUCCUCACAGGACAUUUACGUCACAUUUCAGGCCAAUGGAGUUGAUAUGUCUGAGAAACAGUAUGUUGAUCUUCCUGAAGCUCCAGGCCACCAUUCAGUCAGCAGAAGCUUCUCUGUGCCUCAACGUUACUGGACUAGUGACACGAGUUUCACCUGCACAGUGUACCAAGGCCUCUCCAGCACACCUUUCACGUCUAAUUCCAUUAGCAAAAUAUUUGUGGACCCCUCAGUGGAACUCCUUCUGGCCCCCAGUGAAGAGUCAGGACAACAGAAACUCUUGUGCUCUGGAUUGGGCUUCAACCCUCAAAUUAAAUGGUUAUCUGAGUCAAAGGAGAUAUCCUCAUCAACUGAACACGUCAGCAUGGAUUCAAAUGGAUAUGUGGCAGUUACCAGUAAGCUACUGGUUCCUCAGACGGAGUGGAAAACUGGGAAGGUUUUCACCUGUGAAGCAUCUGACAGCUCUCUGAGAAAACAUUUCAGAAAGAACAUCAGUCUCUGCUCAGGUUGUUCAAGUGCUCCUCCUUCCAUCCACGUGGAGAUUCCCAGUUUUCAGACUGUAAUGAAGUCAGUCUCUGAGGUGAAAGCCACAUGUUUGCUCCACACUGCCUUUGAUGCCAAAAUCACCUGGCUGAUGGAUGGGAGGGUCUCACCAAGUGAUAAAGUGACAACGACUUCAAACACAACUCAUAUAAUCAGUGAUGUUACAGUUUCCCCGAGUCAGUGGAAGCAGAUGAAGAAAGUAACAUGCAGAGCAGAACAUAAGUGCUUCACAUCUGCUGAGAAGACAGUAGACGUAGCAGCUCCUGUCACAGUAACCCUGAGCCCUCCGAGUACCAAAGUAAUUUUUACCAACCAAGAUCAGCCAGACAAGUCUCCUGUCACAGUAACCCUGAGCCCUCCGAGUCCCACAGUAAUGUUCACCAACAUGCAGGCAGAGCUGAAAUGCAUCGUUACAGUACAGGACGCUGACUAUUUGUCUAAAACUAAUAUAAGUUGGCAAAUUAAUGGACACGAUGUAACAGACAACAUUAUAACAGAAAGUAGUGCUAAAAGCAAAACCAGCACUCUGACCCGUAGUCUCUCUAACUGGGAAAAUGUGAACAAAGUCAGCUGUUCUGCUGUUACAGAAGAUAUGACACCAGUCACUCAAGAGCUAACGAUCAUUAAAGCUGGUGCAGAACCAAAUGUAGUAGUCCAUAUUCUCCCAGAGGAGGACAUCAGAGCUGAAGUUACUCUAGUGUGUCUGGUCUCCAGUCCAGUGCUGCAGGAUUACUACAUCGCCUGGUCAGAAGAUGCUGUACAUAACAAUGGAAGAUAUUAUGAUGGCAUCGACUCCCCUCCACAGAAAACCAAAAAUGGCUACUUCGUUACAAGUCUUUACACCACAACUAAGGAAAAGUGGAACCAGAAUAAGAGGUUCAACUGCAACGUCUGGCCUGCUGGUAGUGAUCAUCCAAAAUCUCGAGGAGUUUCUAAGGCCUCUGGUAAUUCAUGUGAAUGUUAAUAGAGUUUGUUUUUAAUGUCCAUCUUUUGUGUUGUGUUAUUCUGGUUCUGUGUAAAUUCAUAUUGAAAGUCUGUACACUGUGCUGUCACCAGUCACUUUGAUUGUACAAAAUCAUGUUUGUCAUGUUGUUUUUUGUCUUUCACAACAUUGAAUGACUCUUUAAGUGUGUUGACUUAUCCAAAUAAAUGUUGCA